AAGUAUCUUAUUCUAAGAUAAACAGAAAAAAGUAAUGUAUCGCUUAUAAAAAGAAAAGUUAUCAAGAAGAUAGAUCGCCUAUUUUGGGGAAUUAAUGGCUGCAAUUGUGCUGCAAUUGACUAAUAAGAAAAAUUCAUUGGAAGUACAAUAAAGGAACCAAUAUGUUUAAUAUUAUUUAUUGAAUGUAAUCGUUUAAUAAAACGUAAAAUAAAUAUUUUUUGAAGAAAUAUUUAUCCCUGAUUAAAAUAUGGAACGUAAAGCAGUGCCGGAUAAUAAUCCCUGGUCAAAUUUAAUGACCAUAACAAAAUUUGACAGAGGUAAUAAUACCAAGACGACAAUUCGAUGGGACAGCAGAUCUGAAACUCAAAACAAUGAACAAAUUAUUCCUGCAGCUACUUCUUCUAUCAGUCUUCUAAUUGAAUCACUAAUUAAACAGAUAUGUACAAUGUUUGAAGGCGAUACUGUUCGAAGGAAUAAACUUUAUUUUAAGAUAUGUGAUAGACUUCAUGAAAUAGGACUAAUUGAUACUUCUUAUAAUUCAAUGGAAUUGGAAGGUAUUAGAGGUCAAUUUCAACAUGCAUUAUACAGAUUAGUUGCACUUGCACGCACUGCUACCGGCAGUGAACAUCCUUUGAAUGUUCCUAGUUGUCUGAUGGCUGAAUGGUCACGCUAUCGUAGAGAAUUUCAUGAAAUAAGUUUUAUUGGCGGUGGUGGAUUUGGUAAUGUAUACAAAGCAUUACAUCGUCUGGAUGGUAUUGAAUAUGCAGUGAAAAAAAUAAUUGUACAAUCUGGACAUGUGAGUACCAUAAAGCAACACCUUGAAGAAGUCAAAAGUCUUGCUAAAUUAAAUCAUAUGAAUAUAGUUGCUUAUAAGACUGCUUGGAUAGAGCCUACAUUAGUAACAACCACUGUUCCAAGUUUACCAAAUGUAGAGAAUGAACGAAGCAAGAGUCAUUUUUCAAAACAUAGAGCAAGAAGAAAUAUAUCUCAUCAAUCAUGUAAAAAUAAUAAUUUUAAUAACAAUAGUCAAUUGAUUUCUAAUAGUAGCAACAGUAAAGAAAACUGCGGACAAGAUAUAUCGUUAAAAUCCGAUAAAGAAGUAUUUUACAAAACUGGUAUGUAUUUUCACAUAGAGAACAAUGCUCAAAAACAUGUGAGUGGAAGUGCAGGUGGUUAUAUAAUAAGUCACGAUAUUAUUAAUGAAAGAUUUCUUGAACUCAAUUCAUUGACUAAUAUUAUAGGACAAAGAAUAAUCGAACGAAGUAGUUCAACAACCAGUACAGAAGAUACUUCAGAUAUUGUAUCAUUUAGAAAUGAUAGUAAUAACAGUAAAAGUAAUAAUGAUUAUUCAAAAAGUAAUGCCAAUUAUAUAAUUAGUGACUUAAAUGAUGAAUCUAGUAGUGAUAUUAACAAUCAAAUUUAUCAAUAUAAAUCACGAGUGGACCCUUGUUAUGCAACUUUAUAUAUUCAAAUGGCACUUUGUGAUAAAACGUUACAACAGUGGUUAAAGGAACGAGAUGAUUCUAGUUCACAACAGACAAUUACUACAAUAUUUACACAAAUUCUUCAAGGUGUAGAUCAUAUACAUUCUCUUGGAAUGGUACAUCAUGAUAUAAAGCCAAGCAAUAUAUUCAUAACAGCACAUUUUCAAAUCCAAUUAGGGGAUUUUGGUUUAGCUUGCCCUUUGCAAAGAAAAGAUCAUGAUUCUGUAUUUGGUACACAUAUGUAUGCAGCACCUGAACAAUUGAAAGGAAAAUGCAAUCCAAAGAGUGACAUAUACAGUAUAGGAAUUGUUCUGUUAGAGCUAUUAAUUUAUACAAAAACACAAAUGGAACUUUGUUGUAUUAUUGAUGAAUUGAAAAAAGAUCAAUUACCAGUAUCAUUAAUUAAAAUUUAUCCAAAAUGGGCUCAUAUAAUUUGCCAAUUAAUACAAGAAGAUCCUAAUAAAAGACCAUCGACAGAUGAACUAUUACAAAAUGUAACUGAAGAUAAAGAUGUAGUAAUAGCACAAUUAAAACAUGAUAUUAUCAAAAAAGAUAAUACAAUAAGAGAAUUACAAGAAAAAAUCACUAUGCUGCAGGCAUUUAUUACUAAAUCCGAACCUUCAUCAGAAAACCAAUAAAAGCUAUUAUAAUUAAUAUGUAUGUGAUUAAUAAAAUUUUAUAUGAAAAUAAAUGAUAGUAUUUAUGUAAAAUAGAAUGAACGAACGUUUGUACAUCAGAUAAUACGUUUGUACAAUAGAUAAUUAGAACAUAUAUUUAUUUUAUAUAUUACAUUUUUUUAAUGUCUUUCUAUUACUGUAUUCAAUAAUUAAAAAGAGUACAUUGAUAAGGAUAUAAUAAAAAUACAUAAUGCAGAAAUUAUUAUUUUUAUUUAAUAAAAUAUAAAUAUUCUUAAAAAUAUAAAAUUCUUUAAUUGUACUUAUAUAAAAUUAUAUACUUCUAUUUUAUUAUUUUUUUCUAUGAUAGUAUCUAACAAUAAUUUAAGAUGUUGUCCUUUAUUAAUUCGAUUCUGUAAUUGAUCAUAAACAGCACAUUGCUUUAUUAAAUGUUCCAAAUCUGGAUAUUGUUGUAAAAUAUUAUUGGGUAUGUCAUGUAAAAAGCCACCAGGAAUUAAAGUAUCACUGGUUUUUGGUGACAAUAAGAUCUAUAAAGUAAUAAAUAGUAAUAUUUAAAAAUUUACUAUACACCUAUGUAUUUCUAUUGUAUUAUUGUAAUAAAUUUUUGAAUCA